CUUUUAGUGGGAGAGACGCUCGAUACGGAGGCGCGCUCUCCUCCGACUCGGGCUCGUUUCUGUGCGCGGAUGCUCGCAUGGAGGGGCUGCGGUUGGGGGAGUGGGGGUCAUGAGGGUGGUGGGCACCUCCGGCUCGGAUUUCGGCAGUCGGCGCUGCGCACGGAGCCCCCUUUCCCCAUCAAUAAUUAAUCGGCGUGGUGGACGCGGCGGCGGCGGCGGCGGCGACGGGAGCGACGGGAGCGGCGGUGGGGGGGAAGAGCGCGCGGACGCUCGGGAGGUCCUCGUGCUGAAGAGCAUCCGGCGUCGGCGGAUCAUGUCACCAUCUGACAGCUCUUCCAGAAGGGCCGACGAGGAGGACGAGGGAGGAUGAAGGAGGCAGGAGGAGCGGGAGAGGCAGAGGAGGAAUAUAAUGAAGUUGAGUGGGAAAGGACUGUGCACCGUGGUGUCCGGCAGCCUCCUCUUCUUGUGCGCCAUGAGCGCCGUGGUCGUGGGCUUCAGGUGCUUCUCUCUGGGCUCCAGAGUCAAAGUGCAUUUCCACCUGGGCACGGCCGCGGGGGCUUUCUACUCGGGCAUCCUGGUGGGACUGGGCCAGGUGCUGCUGGGCUUCGCCCUGCUCUGCUGCAGAGGGAAGCCCGGCAGCCGGAAUUUCUUCCUGGUGGGCGUCCUGGUGUUCAUGCUGGGGGUCCUCACCGCCUUCUCGGGCGCGGUGGUGGACGGGGACACCGUGUCGCUGGUGGAGCGCAAAUAUUCCCACUACUGCCUGGACUCCGUAGGGUUAAAUCCCAUCUGCGAGCAGCUCAAGGAUUAUCAGAGGGGUCUGGUGGUGUCCACCAUCCUUAACACGCUCGAGUGUCUCCUGGGGCUCCUGAACCUGGUGAUCAUCAAGAGGUACCAGACUGCGCAGUUCUACCGGAGGAGGCUGGCGCAGAGGCAGGGCGCGCGGGGCAUCCUCUUCACCGAGGAGCAGGACCCCCCCGUGUCGGAAUUACAGCCCGUGUCCUACAUCAACCUGGGGGUCUUCCACGUGUUGGACGAGGCGGGUGUGGAGGUACAGUGCGGGGGGCACCCGUCCAUCGAGCUGCCGGGUUACUCCCCCAUGGAUCCCGAACUGAACCACUCGUACCCCUUCUCGUACCCGCUUCCCAACGAGCUGCCCCCCGCCUACGAGGACAUCUUCCCGGGGGAAAGCAGUAAUAAAUGAUAGGUGCACGUAAGAAAAGGAAAGGAAAGUAAGAAAGG